AUGAAACUAAUCAGAAAAUCACUUCUUCAUUUUAUAUUUCAGUCCGAAUUAUCAACAACAGCUAUUAAAACGAUGAAUAAAGAAGGAGCGAAAAAAGAAGUGUUGGAAAAAACCUCUAUCAUAUCAUCUAAAAGUCAGAAUUAUCUAUCUGACAAUUUUGAUGUUAAUAAUGAUCUACAAUAUAUUGACAAUACAUACAAUCGAGUUCAUUGCGAUAUCAACAAGAUAAAACAAAUGUAUCCAGAUAAUGUAAAGAAAAUAUGUUUUUAUGACAAAGACAAAGCAUAUAAAGAAUUUUCAAAUUUUCAUAAUGUACCAUUCAAUGUUAAUGGAAUAGAUUAUUAUACAUCUGAACAUUAUUUUCAAUCAAAAAAAUUUCAAUACGAGCCCCGUAAUGAUUCUGUUAAGGAAAAAUUAAAUGAAUUAUAUAAGAAACUAUUAGAAUCUCCGGCACCUUCACAUGCCUUUCGUUUAGUUAGAGAAUAUAAAGAAUAUGUUGAUCCCGAAUGGAGUAAAGAAAUUAAACCUAAUCUAUUAAAAAAAGAUCUUAUUAUGAAAGAGGCAAUUUAUUAUAAAUUUUCAUUUUAUCCAGAACUAAAACAUUUAUUAUUAAAUACGGGUGAUACAAUAUUAAUUGAAGAUUCACCAACUGAUUUAUACUGGGGAAUCGGUGGUAAUCAUAAUGAACCUGGUAGAAAUCGAUUAGGUGAAUUAUUAAUGGAAUUAAGAGAUGAUUUCAGAAAUAAUAAAUAG